CUCCUCGUUAAGUUUAUUCUAAAAUUGUUAUAAGAUCAAAUAGAAAACCAAACAUGUCAGGAGGAACAGAAGCUUUCCCAGAUUUAGGAAGACAUUGCCAACACCCUGAUUGCCACCAACUCGAUUUCCUCCCAUUCAAAUGCGCCGGCUGCCGUGACGUGUUCUGCGUCUUACACCGCUCCUACAAGUCUCACGAUUGCCCGAAAUCCGACCACAACAGCCGGAAAGUGAUCAUUUGCGAGGUAUGCUCCACCUCCAUAGAGACCACCGGCCACGACGGCGAGGAUAGCCAGAAGGUGUUGCUAGAGAGGCACAGCAAGUCCGGGAAUUGCGACCCCAAGAAGAAGAAGAAGCCCACGUGCCCUGUUAAGAGGUGCAAGCAGAUUCUGACCUUUUCGAAUAACAGUACUUGCAAGACCUGCCAUCUCAAGGUCUGCCUCAGGCACCGGUUUCCGGCCGACCAUGAAUGCAACAAGCAGGCGAAGGCAGCGGCAGCGGCGGCAAAUGGAGGAGACUGGAAUGGGAAGUUCUUGGCUGCUUUUGCUUCAAGGAAUGCGAAGGAUUGCGGGAAGAGUGAGAGAGGCUCUAGGUCUCCUCCCAGUACUCCAUCAGUAAGGGCAUUUUGAGACACAGAUUACUGGGUUUUUGUUAUUUCCAAUCCUAGUUCAAUACUUGCAUCAGUUGCAUGUAAACAAUCGAUCAAAUUCUGUAUUUGUGUCGAGCCAAAUUAAAAUCUUCAGAAUAAUAGUCUCAAAUUUCCAAGAAUUCA